CGUAUCUGCAGGGUGGGGGCCGGACUAUGUGUGGGUGGGUCUUCAUCCGCUGUGUAAGGACCGUGAUUGGUGGAAGAGACGCCUGUGCAGAAUGCAGGGACGAGAAGAGGAGGGCUGUACACGUGACGGAAGAGGCGUGUACAGCGGCAUGCUCUCCUCGGAUGCAAUCUGGUAUCUCUCAGCAGCGGAAGACAAAAUUGAGUGCGCUAAAUCGGGAGGAAUAUGGGGAGAGAGAAAAAACUGAUGAAUCUUGUGUAACGAGUUUCUACCUGUUUAAUAUUUUUUAUUUAAUAUUGAUUCAUUCAUUCACACUCGGUCCCAAUAUUGAUGAUGUUUCCUGCUGUACCUCUCAUUAUUCUCCCUUGUAUUCCAGAUUGAGUUUGAGCUGACCAGAGAGCUGAUAGGCGAUCCCGAUGCCAGCGUAGAGUCGGGCAGAGCCGUGCCAUGCUACAGAGUGACUAACCCUGUCCAAUAGCAUCCCAACAUGCUAGAACUUGUUCGGUUGAAACUAUAAAGUCCUCAGGGAAGUGAAAGUAGCUGAUUGUGAUUUGGUGCUGAAUGGCUCGUCGCUGGAGAACAGUGGUCCUGAUCUCGUCCUUACCUCACCUGAAGCAUGGAAGCAUGGCAGGAGAAACGGAGUGUGCACACUAUGAAUCUUCGGUCCGUGUUCACUGCAGAACAGCAGCGUAUCCUUGAGCGGUACUACAAAAAUGGCAUGACCAAUCAGAGUAAGGGCUGCUUUCAGCUCAUCCUGCAGUGCGCACAGGAGGUCAAACUUGACUUCAGCGUAGUCCGGACAUGGGUUGGCAAUAAGAGACGAAAGCUGGCCUCCAAGGCUGAGAAGAAUGGAGUGGUGGGUCUAUCUAACCAUGCCAUUGUGAGUGCCAGUGGUGCCCUUGUGGUUUCCCCGGUGUUAACCUCAGAGCUAGCUGCUGUUCGUAAUGUUCAGCAUGGACCAGCUGUAGCUCACCUCCUGCCUCCACCAUCCUCAUGCCCUUCUUCCACCUCUUCUUCCUCAACCUCAUCCUCACCCUCCUCUAAUGGACUCAAGAACAACAACGACGUCAUAGUGACUGGUGCUUACAGCCUCCAGCGCAUCGCCAACCGCCCAGAUGCUUCAUCUCAGAGCAGGGUGGCGGCAAAAGUGGUGCCCUUGAAUUCCAACCCUGAGCAGAGUCUGCACUCUCGACUGGUGCUGCACCCAGAUGUUGCUUCUCUCCAGCGCAAAUCCCCUCAGGUCCCCAUGCUAAACCAGAUGAGGAAGACAAUCUCACUCAGAGACCUGGCAUCUGUGCCCCCUAGCUGGGCAAAGCAAUACGGAGCUCCACAGCACCAGCCUUGGCCGCAGGUUUCACACCAACAAACAUCAGCAAACCUUCACCGAACUCCUCCUGCCAGUCCUGCAGACAGUGGAGUUCGGAUUCAGCAGGUUUUCACCAUCGCUGGGCUCACGGACUCCUCACCUCGACCUUCUCCUGGUACCAGUCAGGAUCACGGGGUGAGAAAAAUAAACAUGCCCAGCUCCUCAGAUACUUUUUCGAUAGCGAUGGAAACAGGAGAUGCGGAUGAUGAGUAUUCAAGAGAGGAGGAGUUGGCCAACAUGAGCGCCCAGUUGCACCUCAGCAAGUCCACAGGAAGUACCAGUGCUGUGGAGGGCAACAGGAGCUCAACAGGAGAGCCUCAUCAGAUCAGCAACCAGGGUGUUUAUGCUGUGACAGCAAGGUCCCAGUUUCAUGUGGGGCAGAAUUCUCCACAUUCCCCAAAUUCAGCCCUGUUUGGGGAGAAGGGGUGUCAAACCAACAGCCCUCUGUUGCUUAGUACAACUUCACAUGGCAGCUUCCCAGUCUCAGAGACUUCUCCAUCAAGGGUACCCGACCUCAAGGAAAGUAUGAUGUCGGCUCCCUGGCUUCUCAGUAACUCAAGGAAAAGAACGCUCCAGGAUCGAACCCAGUUUAGCAAUGGGGAUCUGUACACGCUGAAGAGGUACUGGGAUAACGGCAUGACCAGUCUGGGCUCCGUGUGCAGAGAGAAGAUCUCAGCAGCUUCUACUGAGCUCAAUGUGGACGCCGAAAUCAUUAAGACGUGGAUCGGCAAUCGCAGAAGGAAGUACAGACUGAUGGGCAUUGAAAUUCCACCUCCCAAAGGAGGACCAGUGACCUUUCCUAAAGUAGCAGGUACGGAGCUGCCACCAUCUUCCACCCCUGAGGGGGACGGGGUUAGGUACACAGCACCCCAGCAGGAUGGGGAGCAAAGUGAUGCAGUGUCACUCUGUCUGUCUGAAGAUGGAGCAAGUGACUCUUACCUGAAGGAGAACGACGACGUGAAUGAUGGGUCGAAUAGUUCUGUCCUUAAUGAGAACAUGAAGAUUGAAAUUAUUGAUGAAGAUGAUGACGAUGAUGUUGACGAUGAAGGUGAUGUGAUGGCCACAGACAUGGAGCAAAUGCAAAGUUUUUUAGAGUACAAACACGAGGAGGUUCAGUACCUUGAGAGCGAGUUGGAGAGCCAGAAGAGGAAAUACCAUGAGCUGAUGACCUUCACCAAACACCUACUGACAGCGCUAAAGAGCAACGACACAGAAAAACAGCAGGAGCUGUUAUCCAGCCUACCUCACCAUAUUGAAGACGACAUCGCGGCGAGUCAAGAACGGGAUGUUGAGAUGAACUGUAACCAGAAGGAUUCCUCUGUAUCAGAGGGGGACGGAGGUACAGAACCUGUGUGACUGUAAUCCCUCCUCUCCUGUACUAAACACUCCGCACCGUGCCUGUGGACGUUUUCUGAACCGUUACGGACCUGCUGCGGCCUUUUUUGCCGACUAUCAUUCUUGUGUGGAUUUAACUGUCAAUAAACAUCUCUAAGUUAAACAUCA